UGCACGCACGAGCGAUUUCAAGACCUUGUCUGCUCGUCGUCGACGAUGGCGGGAUCGUCCAGUACGGCCUUCAAGACGUUUUCUCUUACCAAUAACAUUCUGGACCUCUCUCCUCAAGACGAGAUCUAUCGCUUUGAUCCUGAGGAGAACAGGAAGAUCCUUCGCGAUCAACCAUGGGUUCGUGACCCGCACUACUUCAAAGUAUGCAAGAUCUCAGCCGUUGCGCUGAUCAAGAUGGUCAUCCAUGCACGCUCAGGCGUGCCUCAUGAGAUCAUGGGCAUGAUGCAGGGAAAGGUCAUGGACCAUGUGCUCGUCAUCAUCGACUCGUUCGCACUGCCCGUGCAAGGGACAGAGACGCGCGUCAAUGCAGCCAAUGAGGCAAACGAAUACAUGGUGCAGUAUAUUCAGGCGAGCGAGCGGGUAGGGCGUUUGGAAAACGCGGUUGGAUGGUACCACUCGCAUCCCGGCUAUGGCUGCUGGCUGUCUGGUAUUGAUGUCAACACCCAGAUGAUGAGCCAGAAGUUUCAGGACCCUUUCGUCGCGGUUGUCAUCGACCCUAACCGCACCAUUUCUGCUGGCAAGGUCGAUAUUGGUGCAUUCCGGACGUAUCCCGAGUCGUACACUCCUCCAGACGCCGGUUCAUCGGAAUACCAGUCGAUUCCGCUGAAUAAGAUCGAGGACUUCGGCGUGCACGCGAACCAAUAUUACCCUCUUGAAGUACAGGUGUUCAAGAGCAGUCUUGACGCAGAGUUGCUUGGUCUUCUGUGGAACAAGUAUUGGGUGAACACACUGAGUCAGAGUGCCCUUAUCUCAAACCGAGCAUAUGCAGCUUCGCAGCUUGCAGAUCUCGCUCAGAAACUUACUAAGGCUCAAACGUCCGUGUCCGCCACUAAGGCCCCACCACCUGCUCUGAAAGAUGACAAGGUUGCUAAGAAGGAAGAGAAGAAGAAAGAGGACCAGAAUCAGCUUCUGAAGGGCGUGAAGGAUAGUGACAAGAUUGCGACGGAAGCGCAACAUGGAUUGAUCUCGCAGAUACUGAAGGAUGUCAUCUUCUCGCUGCGCCCUCAGGACGCGGUGCACACCGAGCUUGACGACGCAAUGGCCAUUGGCUAAACCAUGCCUUCCAAGGGAGGCCUCGAUCAGUAUAAAAUCCCUGCGUGCGUAUUCUGUUGGUCAUAUCGUGUACCUGUUGUUGUACGUUUCAUCGAUCCAUUCACGCCUUUAUUCGCAAGUCAUCUGCUGUAGAUUUGAUGUAGUAUACAGUGAAUUCACAUGCUUCUGCGCGCUAUUUAUUCUAUUGAAGGAUGCAAUACGAAUGUGCUCGAUGACUGGUC